CGAUAAACCCCCCAUAAUUUCGUUGUUUCUUCUUCACAUACUCCACUGUGCUGAAGUCUACAAUGGACACCGUGAAAUGGUCCGAUCUUCCCAAGGAGCUCUGGCCGAUCAUCGGAAAAUUCCUCCACAGCCGCAUCGACGUUCUCCGCUUCCGCAGCGUCUGUUCCUUAUGGCGUUCUUCUCGCCCUCCUUUCCAGCGACCUCUUCCUCCUCCUCCUCUCCCCCUCACGUUCUCUCCCUCCGGCGCCGGCGAUCCCGAAAACCAAGCUCUACUUUUCCAAAGUACGACCUACCGCAUGGAGUCAAUCAUCGACAAAAAACGCAGCGGUUCUUCACGAUCAAAGCCGUGGUUGAUGAAGCUUGAGCAGGACCCCAACUCCGGUAGAAUGCGGCUAGUACAUCCGGUGACUGGUUUUCUGUUCAGGUACUCCCCUAACGCUACUUCAAAGGAGUUCAGUUUAUUGGAGUUUCGGGUUGUUGAGUUGCGAAAAUCGUAUGUGCUUAAGUUUGGGAAGAACAAUGUUACUGUCAAGUCUGUGCAGAGAUUGGUAGUCAUGCCUUGUGACUUUUUGGACAUUGAUGAUGUGUAUGGGGUUUUUAUGGUUUAUAACGAAGGCAAGCUGGGUUUUGUGAGAUUUGGAGAUGAGAAGUUGACUCGUGUGGAUGAACAGAAUGCUCACUAUGAUGAUAUCAUUGUGUAUAAGGGUCAGUGCUAUGUUGUUGAUAAGUGGGGAACAAUUUCAUGGGUUAAUUCAGCUUUGCAGGUGAUUCAGUUUUCGCCUCCGCUAUGUGGGUUUGGCGGGCGGAAGUAUUUGGUGGAAUGUCGUGAUGAUCUUUAUGUGGUUGAUCAGUUCUUUGAAAAGGUGAUUCAGCAGAGCAAUAUAGUAGGGACCCCAUUUCUGGAUAAUGAGUUACUUUGGUGGCAUUAUCAUAAAAUGCGUUCUGAUGCAGAAUCAAUUGAUUUCAAGGUUUAUAAGCUGGAUCAAGAAUGGGGUAAAUGGGUCGAUGUGAAAGACAUGGGAGAUGACAUCUUUAUUUUAAGCAAUGAUGGAUCUUUCUCUGUCUCCGCCAAAGAGUUUGCUGGAGUGAAGGGAAAUUGCAUUUUCUUUACUGAAAGUGCGUUAACUACUGGAAGGUUGUUCCCUUGUGUGUUCAAUUUAGAGGAUGGUUUGUUUGGCAAUGCAUCUUUGCGCUGUCCACAAAUGGUCCAUCCACCUUCAAGUUGGCUCAGCCCUGAUUGAUGUUUGUCUGCAUGUUCAGAAUGGAAGUUGGUUACUGCUUAAGACCAUUUGAUUUGCAUUUCUUGGAGAUGGUGGCCAACCAAUUCUCAUGAAGAGUGACCUGGUAAAAUUCUUCUGUAAACUAGUGUAAAAUAUUACAGUAGUUAAUUGAUCCAGUGUUUAAGAGUGUGGUUUGUUAAUGUUAGAAUGUAUACAUACAGAUUAAGCAAGAUGGUCUCUUUUCAAUGAACUUGUAUGUAAAUUACAGAUGAAUAAGAUAUUUCCUGUGAUAAUAAAUUUUGAGCCUU